ACCCCGGCCGGAAGCCCCAUAGCCGUGAACCGGAAAUGGUCCUCCCCACUGAGGGCGCUGCGUACGCGCUCGGGAAGCCAGCCUUACAGCAGAAAGCAAACACACAAAAAAAAAAACAAAAAAAACAACCCCCAAAACAAAAGAAAAGAAAAAACACUAAGAGGAGGAGGGCUGGUCGCGAGCAGACGCCCUCUGCCGGCGCUCGCGCCGCGUCCCCGACGCCCGCACAGGCCCGCUGCGUACGUGCGGCCCAGGCCUCGGAUCCCCGGCGGCCCGGCUGGCGGCGCCUUCAGGAAUCAUGGCACAAGUAGCGAUGUCCACCCUACCCAUUGGAGAGGAGCCUUCAGACAGCAGGAUGGUGGUGUCAUUCCUCAUGUCUGCCCUGGAGUCCAUGUGCAAAGAACUGGCCAAGUCCAAGGCUGAAGUGGCCUGCAUUGCUGUGUAUGAGACGGACGUGUUUGUGGUGGGGACAGAGAGAGGCUGCACCUUUGUUAACACCAGACAGGAUUUCCAGAAAGACUUCGCACAGUACUGUCUAGGGGAGGGGCUGAGUGAAGAGAAACCCCUGUGCCCCUGGAGAGAGACUCAGGUGGGCCCUGGAGAAGCCGAAUCACUCAGGAGAGCUGUGGACGAACAUUUCUGCUUUUGCUAUGGUAAAGCUUUAGGGAAAACAGCCAUGGUCCCUGUUCCCUAUGAGCAGAUGAAUCAAGACCAGGCAGCUGUGAUGGUGCAGGGGCUUCCGGAAGGCCUGACUUUUCAGCACCCUGACAGUUAUGAUCUUCCAGUCCUAAAGUGGAUUCUGCAGAACAAAGCCCGGAUUUCAUUUGUCAUAAACAGGUGCCUUUGGAUGUCGCCCUCCGCUGUGCUGGAGAGACUACAGUGUGUGUUGUUUUGUUCCUGCACAGGCAGCCCUGGGAUGGGGACAGAUGCCCAGAGGCUGGAGCUGCCACCAAAUGACAGCUGUGGCCCCAUCAAUGUGAAAACAGAGCCCAUGGAAGAUCCUGGUACUUCAGUGAAAGCAGCAGCCAUAUCAAUCAAGAAAGAGUCGGAGGACCCCAGUUACGAUCCAUGCAGUAGGCAAGGAAGCCAGCACUCCACACGAAAUGAAGUCAUAGAAAUGGAAGUUCCGAUGGAGGAGUCUACUCCUCUGGUCUCUUCAGAGGCAAACAAGGACCCUGAGGCUGAUGUGAAGAUGGAAGGAAAUGUAAAUCCAUCUAACAUUAUAAAUUCAGCAGCAAGUGUUGAAGAGCUUAAGAUCAUACAGGUGACAGUUCCAGAAAAUGAGAAGGAGAGAGGAUCAAACAUGGAAAAAAUCAAGCAGCUUCGAGAACAAGUGAAUGACCUCUUCAGUCGGAAAUUUGGAGAGGCCAUAGGCGUGGACUUCCCAGUGAAGGUUCCCUACAGAAAGAUCACCUUCAACCCUGGCUGCGUGGUGAUUGAUGGCCUGCCCCCAGGGGUGGUGUUCAAAGCCCCUGGGUACCUGGAAAUAAGCUCCAUGAAGAGGAUUCUGGAUGCUGCGGACUUCAUCAAGUUCACAGUCAUCAGACCACUGCCUGGACUUGAACUUAGUAACGUAGGGAAACGGAAGAUAGACCAGGAGGGCCGCAUCUUCCAGGAGAAAUGGGAGCGGGCCUACUUCUUUGUGGAGGUGCAGAACAUCCCCACAUGUCUAAUCUGCAAGCAGAGCAUGUCUGUGUCUAAGGAGUACAACCUUAGGCGCCACUACCAGACCAACCACAGCAAGCACUAUGACCAGUACACAGAGCAGAUGCGGGAGGACAAGCUCCGAGAGCUCAAGAGGACACUGCACAGAUAUCUCCUGGGGUCCUCAGAAGCUCCAGGCCCUGAGCCAAAGCCAGCCAUUGCCAACAGAGGCCCACAUGGGAACUCUGGGGCACAGCCCAUGGAAGACACAGCCGGGAGCUUGUGGGAGAAGUUACGAGAAAAAAUCCGCUCCUUUGUGGCCUAUUCUCUCGCCAUUGAUGAGAUCACAGACAUCAAUGACACCACCCAGCUGGCCAUCUUCAUUCGGGGUGUUGAUGACAGCUUUGACGCAUCUGAGGAACUCUUGGACACAGUACCCAUGACAGGUGUCAAAUCAGGGAAUGAGGUAUUUUCCCGAGUAGAGAAGAGUCUGAGGAAAUUCAACAUCGACUGGUCUAAGCUGGUGAGUGUGGCCUCCACAGGCACCCCAGCCAUGGUGGAUGCCAACAGUGGGCUGGUGACAAAGCUCAGGUCCAGGGCAGCCAUGAGCUGCAAGGGCUCCGACCUCAAGUCUGUGUGCUGCAUCAUCCACCCUGAGGCACUCUGCUCCCAGAGGCUAAAGAUGGGCCAUGUCAUGGACGUGGUGGUAGACUCUGUGAACUGGAUUUGCUCUCGGGGCCUCAACCAUGGCGAGUUCACCACACUAUUGUAUGAGCUGGACAGCCAGUAUGGCAGUCUGCUGUACCACACUGGCAUCAAGUGGCUCAGCCGUGGCCUGGUCCUCCAGAGAUUCUUUGAAUCCUUGGAAGAAAUUGACUCCUUCAUGUCUUCCCGAGGGAAACCUGUGCCACAGCUCAGCUCCCGAGACUGGAUCCUGGACUUGGCCUUCCUCGUGGACAUAACCACGCAUCUCAACACACUGGACGUCUCUCUCCAAGGCCACUCACAGGUUGUGACACAGAUGUACGACUUUAUCCGUGCCUUCCUGGCCAAGCUGUGUCUGUGGGAGACACACUUGGCCAGGAACAACCUGGCGCAUUUCCCCACACUGAGAUCUGUGUCCCAGAGUGAGAGUGACGGCCUCAACUAUAUCCCUAAGAUUGCUGAACUGAAAGCCGACUUCCAGAAGCGCCUGUCAGACUUCAAAGUGUAUGAGAGCGAGCUCACCCUGUUCAGCUCCCCGUUCUCUACCAAGAUCGACAGCGUGUGCGAGGAGCUGCAAAUGGAGGUGAUUGACCUGCAGUGCAACACAGUGCUGCGAAGCAAAUAUGACAAGCUGGGGGUCCCUGAGUUCCACAAGCACCUAUGGAGCAGCUACCCCAGGUACAGGAGCCACUGUGCCAGGAUCCUGUCCAUGUUCGGCAGCACUUACAUCUGUGAGCAGCUCUUCUCCAUCAUGAAGCUGAGCAAGAAGGAGGUGCAGUGGGGCACCUCGCUCCAGGUAAAACGUGAUGGAUGAAAACUAGCUGGCCGCAGAGGCCCAAGCCUGUAAUCCCAACACCGGGGAGGCAGAGGCAGCAGGAUCAUGAGUCUGAGAUCAGCCUGGGCUACAUGGUAAGACCCUGUCUUGAUCAAAAGAGAAAAAUAACAAGAGAAAGAAAAAGAAGGAAAGAAAAGAGAAAGACCAGAAAAUGUGGCCUCAUCCCUGUAUCAUGUGGUGUGGAAACCUAGAAUGUUCCAGGUCCAAUAAUAGAUUGUGAGAUGAGAACAGACUGAAAUCUUUCAGUUUUCCCCAUGUUUUUCCACUUUGGAAACCUAAUUUGCAAUACCAUACCCGUUUGUAUGACAUUUCUGUGCCUGGCUGUAAUUCAGUUAAAACAAAAGUGAGAAUUGCUGUAUUUC